AUGGCGCGUACGAAGCAGACUGCUCGCAAGUCCACCGGCGGCAAGGCUCCGCGCAAGCAGCUGGCCACCAAGGCGGCUCGGAAGAGCGCUCCGGCCACCGGCGGUGUCAAGAAGCCCCAUCGCUAUCGGCCUGGUACAGUGGCUCUCCGCGAGAUUCGCCGCUACCAGAAGUCCACCGAGCUGCUGAUCAGAAAGCUGCCUUUUCAGCGUCUGGUGCGUGAGAUCGCGCAGGACUUCAAGACCGACCUGCGCUUCCAGAGCUCCGCGGUGAUGGCGCUGCAAGAGGCAUGCGAGGCCUACCUGGUGGGGCUCUUUGAGGACACCAACCUGUGCGCCAUCCAUGCCAAGCGGGUGACUAUCAUGCCCAAGGACAUCCAGCUCGCACGUCGUAUCCGCGGCGAGAGGGCUUGAGUCUCAAGGACUCACCGAUUACAUACCCAAAGGCUCUUUUCAGAGCCACCCACAUGCGCGCUGAAAAGAUCUGUUUCUCUCAGGAAUUCUUCCUGGUACUUGUUUUGCCUGUAGUAGAUAGGGCCCAUUUCCAGACGUUAUACAAUCUGUUUCGUAAGACAGCCUGUCCCUUUUUGAAUGCUAAUUUUGGGAGUCUUAACAUCUAAUAAUGUCCGGCAUUUUCCCGUAAGCAUUCAGUGUAGCCAAAAGUUCCUUCGUGUAUUGCCCUCCCAUCUCCGCAGCCAGGUUUUGACCGGAUGGUGCUUCUAAUUUUCUGCUAACCUGUACUGUGGUGUGUGUAUAUUUCUUGCCAACACGCCAGAAAUAAAACUAAGGUUGUACUGAAGUUGGAAAAAUUCAGGUUAAUGUAGCUCAUGCUGGCUAAAGUGAAACAUUCUCCCCCCGCCCCCCGUUCCUAAGCAGUGUUAAGUUUUCUUUGAAUUUUUUCAAGCCGGAUUUUGGGCCUGCUUAAACCACUUAAAUGUAGUUAAUGACAGAUGGUUUGAGGAUUAAAAGUCGUCUGGAGAAAGCCCGCCAGAGAACAUUCCCUUUGAAGCCCCAUGUAAAAAUACGUGUGGGAGAGAAAGUGUUUUCUCUGAAUUCUGCUGACAGUGGCUAAAACUCUGAACUGUCAGGAGUAUUCAAAAUAAGACUGCCUUGUAGGUAAGCCUGUGGUAGUUUUUUUGAGCACAGGAUAAAAUACUUGAGUCUUUGCUUAAAUGUUACCUUCUCAUUGAGGCUUUGUAUGACUAAAUAAAAUCUGUAUAAUCCCCACCUAUUUUUUUCACCCUAGAAUUUGUCACUAUAUGCUGUACCAGAGUUUGCUGAUGUAUUGCUUGUGUGUUCUAAAAUACAGGCUCAUGAGAGGAGGAACUUUUGUUUACUCGCAUAUCUCCAGUAACGUAGGAGCUUUUGAUCAGUAUUUGCUGGAUAAAUGAAUGAAUGCAUGGGUAUAUAAUAGUAAGGAGACAUACCCACAUGGAAAAUCUCAAAUGAAAGAAAUACAUCAGCUUGGUAGAUAUGCUCAAAUCAGCUUCUUGUGGGCCAGGAAAGCCCUUACCUCAUCCAUUCUUGUAUUCAGAAUGCUAGAUUUCUAAACUUUUCUUCUGUGAGCUCUCUAGCAUUCUUAUAAGUAUUCAAGAUUUUCCCUGGCAAAUUGGCUUGUGUAUGUGUGUUAUCAUCUCUGUCUCUCCUUAGCUUAACUUGUGAAGGAUGUAAGUGGAAAGAUCAUAGUAUUUUUACACUGAGUUUUAAAAAGCAGUUUUAAUUCUCUAUCUUGUUUCAGUUGGCUAUUUAUAUAUCUUCAGUUAUUAGAAUUGGUUACAUUCUUAAUACACUUUUUUGGAAAUUUGAUAUCAAGAUCACUACUGCAACAUUCACAAUCUGCUCAUCCUCAUCUUCUUGUGUGUGGGUUCAUGAUUUCAUUAUUUCCACAUGUAUGGAAUUUAGAAAGAUAAAUAAUUUAUGAUUAAUAUUUUACAAAUUAAAAUAAUGCUUUAAUACUUUUAAUUGGAAUCAACACCGUAAGCAAAACAAAAUAGUUUUUCCUCUCUCAGAAAUUAGCUUUCUUCUGGAAAGGAAGAUACACUAUUUUGGAGGGAAGCAGUGCCUCUAGGACACUUAGGGGCCCAACUGCUAAACCGAUGGAUAUUGUUGAGUGUGUAAAUAGUGCAUUCCUUCUUUCUGUGCUGGGAAACUAAGAGCUAGUAAUAAAUCAGGAAGGGCUCACACAGAGACUGCCUGGUAUGUACUAAUCAAUACUCUUGCUGGCUGGGUAGGGCAUCCUCUCCUGGAGAUAUGCAGCCAACAUACUCCCAGUUAAAUUUCCAGUUAUAAUUACAUGAGGAAUUAUUUAUUUAAGGGACAGUGAAUAGUUCUAGUUAUGUGGAAAUGAAUACUCUAUGUCUUUUCAAAACACUCCAUGUACUGAAUUACAAUAGUCUGGUAACCAUCCAACUCAGCUCAUUUGUCAGGAGUUCAUGACCAGCCUGACCAACAUGGUAAAACCCCGUCUUUACUAAAAAUACAAAAAAUUUAGCCAGGUGUGGUGGCAUGUGCCUGUAGUCCCAGCUACUCUGGUGGCUGAGGCAGGAGAAUCGCUUGAACUCGGGAGGUGGAGGUUGCUGUGAGCCGAGAUCACGCCACUGCAGUUCAGCCUGGGCGACAGAGGGAGAUUCCAUCUCAAAAACACAAAACAAACAAAGAAAAAAUAAAUUUUAAAAAAAGGACAUAA